AUGGUAUAUUCAACUGGUGUUGACCCACGUCAUUUAGCUGUUGGUGAUUUCAACAACGAUUCUGAACUGGAUAUUGUUGUCGCUAAUUAUAUUGACUGUAAUAUCAGUAUACUUCUUGGAUAUGGAAAUGGUUCCUUUGCAACUCAAACAACGUACUCAACGGGUAUUGGCCCAUUAUAUGUAGCUCUUGGCGAUUUUAACAACGACAUUCGACUAGAUAUCGUCGUCGUUAAUACUAUUGACAACAGUAUUAGUGUAUUUCUCGGAUAUGGCAAUGGGUCUUUUGCAAAUCAAAUAACGUACGCAACUGGUUCUUCUCCAAGAUCUGUAGCCGUAGGUGAUUUUAAUAACGAUAAUCAACUGGAUGUCAUCGUUAUUAAUCAUGAUGACAAUAAUGUAGGUGUAUUUAUCGGAUAUGGGAAUGGUUCUUUUGCAAAUGAAAUCAUCUCUUCAAUUGGUCCUGGUCCACUGUUUGUAGCUGUUGGUGAUUUUAACAACAACAAUCAACUGGAUAUCGUCGUGACGUAUGACUUUAACGCCAAUAUUGGGGUAUCUCUUGGAUAUGGUAAUGGCUCUUUCGCAAAGCCAUUCACAUAUUUAACAAGCUCCUUUGUAUUCCAUAUAGCUGUUGGCAAUUUCAAUAACGACAUUCAACUGGACAUUGUCGUUACUCAUGGUACUGACGAGAAUGUUGGUAUACUUCUUGGAUAUGGUAAUGCCUCUUUUGCAAAUCAAAUCACGUAUGCAUUUGGCCUUUCUCCAUCCUAUGUAAGUGUUGGCGAUUUCAACAGUGACACACGUCUCGAUAUCGUUGUCUCUGAUUUUACUGGCAACAAUGUGGGUGUACUACUCCAUUAUGCUCGAGCAUCUUUAGGAAAAGGAAUAAUAUUGGCAUCUGGUAAUGGUGCUCGUAUACAAGAUGUUGCUAUUGGUGAUUUUAACAACGACGCAAUACAAGAUAUUGUCGUUGUAAAUUAUGGUACUAAUAAUAUAGGUGUACUUCUUGGAUUCGACAAUGGAUCUUUCCUAGAUCAAAUGAUGUUUUCAACAGAUUCAAUGUCUAAUCCAUAUUCAAUCGCCAUUGGUGAUUUCAAUAAAGACGAUCAUCUCGACUUUGCGGUGGCCAACCAUGGGGCUCAGAAUGUCGAUAUGCUUCUUGGAAAUGGAAAUGGAAUAUUUUCACCUCAAAUACUUUAUGGACAUGGUUUAGAUUUCACUCCCUUUAUUGUCGCUGCGGGUGAUUUCAACAAGGAUGGACAAUCAGAUAUUGUUGUCGCAUAUAAUGACUCUGAUCAUGUCGAUAUACUUAUUGCAUAUAAUACAGGAACUUUUAGAAAACAAGCGACGUAUUUGACUGGCUCUAAUCCCCUCUCUGUAGCCGUUGGUGAUUUCAACAACGACAUGCGACUAGAUAUUGUCGUGGCUAAUUUCUUGAGCAACAGUGUGAGUAUAUUGCUUGGAUACGGAAAUGGAUCUUUUACGAAUCAUACAAUAUACUCAACUAACAUCUGGCCAUUUAAUGUAGCUGUUGGUGAUUUUAAUCAAGACAAUCAAUUGGAUAUCCUCGUCCUUUAUGUUGGUAGCAAUAUUGACAUACUUCUUGGCUAUGGUAACGGCUCUUUUACGAAUCAAAUAACAUACUCAACUGGCAUUUCGCCAUCUGAUGUAGCUAUCGGUGAUUUCAACCAGGACACUCGACUAGAUAUCAUCGUCACUAAUAGUGAUAAUGCCACUCUAAUUAUACUUCUAGGAUUUGGUAAUGGGUCUUUUUCAAAUAAAAUUACCUACUCAACUGAUUCUAUUCCAAGUUUUGUAGCUGUCGGUGAUUUCAAUAACGACACGCGACUGGAUAUAAUCCUGAUUUAUUAUAAUGAUAACACUGUAAGCAUACUUCUAGGAUUAGGCAAUGGCUCUUUUACAAAUCAAAUCACGUAUUCAACUGAGUCAACUCCAGAUUUUUUAGCUGUCGGUGAUUUCAACAACGAUGAUCGAUUGGACAUCGUUCUAAUUAAAUCUAAUGAGAGCACUGUAAGCAUACUUCUGGGAUAUGGUAAUGGUUCUUUUUCAAAUUCAAUAACGUCUUCCGCUAGUUCUUAUUCAUUGUCUGUAGAUGUUGCUGAUUUUAACAACGACACUCAAUUAGAUAUCGUCAUCGUUAAUUAUCACGAUAACACUGUAGGUGUGCUUCUUGGUUACGGUAAUGGUUCUUUUGCAGAGCAAAUCACUUAUUCGACUGGAUCUCGUCCAAUGUCUGUAGCUGUCGGCGAUUUUAAUAAUGACAGUCAACCGGAUAUCGUCGUUGCGAACUUUUAUGACCACAGUGUAUGUGUAUUUCUUGGAGACUUUAAUAUGGUUUUUGUAUACCAAAUGUCCCUCACAACUGGUAAUGGGUCAAUGCCACAUUCAUUCAUUAUUGCUGAUUUUAAUGAUGAUACUUACAUGGAUAUCGGCGUAGCCAAUUCAGGCACUAAUAAUGUGGGUAUUUUUCUUGGAUAUAACAAUGGCUCUUUCGCAAAUCAAAAAACGUAUCCAUCUGGCUCUUCUCCAUUGUCUAUAGCUGUGAGUGAUUUCAACAACGAUACUCGAUUGGAUAUCGUCGUCGUUAAUUCUGAUGACGAUAAUAUAGGUAUAUUUCUCGGAUAUGGUAAUGGCUCGUUUGCAAAUCAAACGACGUAUUCAACGGGCUCUGAUUCUCAACCAUAUUCGAUCGCUGUUGGUGAUUUCAAUAAUGACGUCUCACCAGACAUCAUCGUCACUAAUCAUGGCACUAACAAUGUAGUUAUCUUUCUUGGAUAUGGUAAUGGCACAUUUGAAGAUCCAAAAGCGUUUUCGAUCGGUUUCGGAUCUUCUCCAUUUUCUGUUGUUGUUAGUGAUUUUAACAAUGACGAAAAGCUGGAUUUCGCUGUCGCCAACUAUGGUAGUGACAAUUUAAAAGUUCUGUUGCAGACUUGUUAA